UUCAACUACUUCAAGUAGGGUAUUGAGAAAAACAUCGUGACGGUGUGGAAAGAAGAGAAGAAUUGAUCUACGCGGCUCCACUGUUUACUCCUGCCUUCAGCCGCGCCAACUGACUUAGCGGCGCUGAUCAGGCGUCUGCAACUCACUCGCUGCCUCUCGCCCACCGUGGCCUUCACCUGCCGUUUGAAUCGCCUUAGCGCCAGGGGUGCCUAUUUCACCAGUGUCAGCUGAAGUGAUUUGAGCCAGAAAGGUGCUGGCUGCUGGGUGCCAGUUGGCACUCGUUGGUUCAGUGGAUAGCAAGUGCUCUGAGGUGCAAGGAAUUCGGUGAGCAUUGGAUUUCAUGGGAAAGAGAAUGGCAAUGAACGGCAGGUGAUGUUGGGCGAGGUGCGUAAGGUGAUUUCUGCCAGCGUCUGUAGCGACCGCCAUGGAGCCACAAACGGUAGCAGCGCUGCGCAAUUGCUACCGGCAAUUGAGGGACAAGCUGACAAUCGACGAUGACCUACUAGACUACCUUCAUAGUAACAGCAUUCUGACUAUCCGCGAGCGAAGACGAAUCCAGGUUCUCAGUCGUCAUGGAGAGCACCUGGAGCCGAACGAGUUGCUCCUGUCGCACUUGAUUGCCGGCAACCAGGAGUCUUUUGGGAUUUUCCUCCAAGCUCUGCAGUGCUCUCAGCUUGAGUCGUCCCGGAAAAUGGCUGCGAUGCUGGACGAUUCUUGCAGAGCGGGCAGGCACGUGACGAAGCCCUCGUGCCCUCGGCCAACUCUCGCAACCAAAGAACUAGAAAUGGCGCGUAACCUGUACAAGAAGCAGUUUGGUAACAUUCACACUUCCUUGGAGCUGAGAACGCACCUGUUCGAGAAGAACCUGAUCUCAGAAGACCAGUUUGUGAGGCUGGUCGCUCGACCGGCUUCUCUAUCAGAAAUCGUCAAUGAUAAGACGGACGAUGAGUUUCUCGAUUACCUAGCCAUCCUGCUAAGCAUGCCGAGUAUGCGUGAAGCGGCCGAGGAGGUCAUCAAGGAUGCGAAAGGGAUGGAUACGGUGGAGGUGCGUUUUGAAAAACCUGAUGGUGCUACUAUCAAGCCUGAGGACGCAACCGAUCAGGGGCGGCGCUACGAUGCACCGCUGUCGUCCCCGGUGCGCGCUGACCCGAUGAUGCGCAUGGCGACGGUGGAGGAGCCUGCUGCCGAGCCUGCCAUGGUGAUGCACCACCUCGUCCUUCACGAUGCCAUCGAGGAGCAGGAGAACCGCUUGUUGCUGCUGCGCAGCCAGGUGGCUAGCGAACGCCAGGAUCUGACGAGAGUCCAACGAGCGAAGGAAGGGAGCGCACAUGACCUACCAGUUCGAAGACGACGCCGAGACUCAUUCCGCGCUGCCCGUCCUCUGCCACAAGAUGGCGAUAAGACAACCAUGUCGAGCCUGGGCUACGAUGACGAUGACGGAGACGAGGACCAUGGCGAUCUGAUCAGCCCUGAUCUGUAUGGUGAAGGGUUUGAUGGUGAUGACGUGCCCGUUCGGUCCCACCGUGUUGAAAUGCCAAUGCAGGCUACGACGCCAUCGGAGAUAGAAGCGAACCUGAACAUCCCCGUGUUGGUGGAGUCGCUACAGCGAUCCAGCGCAUCCGAGGCGACGCCGGUGUUACUAUCCAGACCUGUGCCUCUACCGCGCAGAGAUCAGAAACGUCAGCACGACCGUCGAGAGAUGGCCGCGACGACAUUGCUGCCAUCCCAAGUUGAACCUUCAGGCAUGACUACCACCAGCAGCAGUGCAUCCGCGGCUGGCACCAGUGAGCCCGACGAGUUCAUGAAGCGAGUACUUGGCUCUAGUGCAGCCAGUACGGACACUGUACUGCGCAAGCUGGCUGUGGAGCUCUCCGGAAACACAACCUUGUGCUUUCGGGUUUUGCAAGACUUUGUUGCCUUGUUUAACGAGCUACACAACAAGGGCGACCGCAGGAAGUUAUCGGAGGAGUUUGGAAAGGCUGAAGCCAAAGUUCGGGCCCUGCUCAGUGACAUGCAGGAGAAAGACGAUGAGAUUGGUCGCUUGUCGACUGAGAAUAGCAAGCUAAGUGACAGGUUCUUUGCAGUGCAGUCCGAUGUAGCCUCGCUGCUCGGCAAGCUUCGCGACAGUGUGGAGAGAAGCGAACGCCUCAGCGAUGCCCACCAGAUCUACCAGCAGGUGGAGUUUAUAAAGCGUGAUCACGAGCGACGUCUGGCAGACCUAGGCAGGGAACUGACUGUUGAAAAGGCCAACAACCGCAUGCAAGAGAGCGAGAUCGAGUGCCUUAAAGAGCAGCUCAAGUUGACAGAGUCCAACUGCGAGGCACGGCUGCAGGACAUGAAGACGCAGAACCACACGCUGUUCGUCAGAUUGAGAGAACUUCACGCUAGCAGAGCUUUUGGCAGCUCUGAGAAUGGACACUUGGUCCACGCUACUGAUCCACGGCGCUUGGAAGCGUCGAUGAAGAGAAUAUUGAUGCGUCAAAUCGAUGACAAAACGUACCCUCAGCCGAAGGCUGAAGACAGCAGGGACAAGGUGAAGAUUGAUGAACUGCAUGCUCAACUGCAGCUGGAGACAUCUCAGCGAGCUGAAGCCGAGCAUAGACUUGACAAGCUUUCUGCGGAAACGUCAGCCUACCAAGAGGAGAGAGCUGCGACAAAGAAGGACCUGGCUGCUAAGGAUGAAAAGAUCGUGGUGCUGACUGAUCAGUUGGAAUCUCUCAAGACUGCAUUGCAAGCAGAAAAAGAUUCAAUAAAGGGGUUUGCCCUUGAAAGCCAGCAGCAACUAUUAGAUCUGGAAGCGGCCAACUCAAGGCUCAACAAUGCGUUGGCUAAGCAAGAUGUGGCAGAGCAAAGUGCACGGAAAUAUCAGGAAAAGGCCAAGCAGCAGUCUGAACAAAUGGCAGAACUUCAAGCCAGGGGUACUGAAAUGGCUGCAGGUUUCAAAUGGGCCAAGGCCAAGUGGAGUGAGGAGCUUCAAGUGAAAACCAAAUACGAGGCCAUACUCAAAACUGCAGGCCUGCUGCCUGUUGAGGCGGGAAGCUCAGAGCAGAAGCCGCAAUCUCAACCCCUGAGCAUAUCUCUGUCCACCACCGCUACACCCACAUUCAGCAGCGAUGUCCCAGAAGUAUCUGCGCCACAAUCAUCUAUCCUUGCUGACAUGCCUGUCGAGGCAACCGGUAAUGCAAGUGCUUUGACACAAUCACUAAUCCUGCCGGGUGUGUCUUCAGUCCCAGCAGUUGCACUACCAGUUGGUCUUGGGGCUGGUGCACUAGCAGAAUCGGUUCCCGGCACAUCUCUGCCGCUCAUCUCCCAGUCGCCGGGGGCAACGCGGGCUGCUUCAUUGAAAACUCCGCGCGUGGGACUUGCCAAGCUGGACCAGAGUUUGGACAUUGGCGUUGUCGGCGGAGGGAGUGCGGUCUCUGGCGGUGAUCCGUUUGCGCAGCAACGGCCGGCCGCUGCAGCUGCUGCUUCGCUUGACCUAGGCGUAGUGGGAGGAGGGAGUGCGGUCUCUGGCGGUGAUCCGUUUGCGCAGCAACGGCCGGCCGCUGCAGCUGCUGCUUCGCUUGACCUAGGCGUAGUGGGAGGAGGGAGUGCGGUCUCUGGCGGUGAUCCGUUUGCGCAGCAACGGCCGGCCGCUGCAGCUGCUGCUUCGCUUGACCUAGGCGUAGUGGGAGGAGAUGCCGCUACGGGCCAGGAUCCGCUUGCACCGAGCAAAUCCGCGCCAGCAUCACGCGCCAAUAAACCGGCUGAGCCCACGCGAGAACUGCCAUCGCCGAUGAAGUCUGAUUUCGGUCUUGUCGGGCCAGGUGCAUUACCAUUGUCAUCGAAUGCUGUCAUUGGUGUCAGCACCAGCACUUGUCAACGAUUCUCAAACGAAAUUGACGCAGAUGCACCGUCGGCGAGAAAACUGAGCGACUUGUCUGAGAAGUCGGAGGAUUACACUGUCGAAGGAAAACCGAGGUUGCGCACUGGAUCGUUUCCCGACUUGCGAGACAGUGAUGUUGCGCUGCAGAGUCAGCUGUCUAAGUCGUCAGUGACCGGUCCGAUCACAAGCAGCGAGCAUCUCCUGGAUUCCGAGUGUAUUGGCUCGAUGCGAUCCACGAACAGCGCACCACAGAUCAACUCCUUACCUGAAGAUUCCGUUGGUCAGCAUGCCGAUGAUACUCCUGUCGCAGCCGCCAGGGCGCUGCCAUCGAAUCCGGUCGUCGACACAGACAGCACUUCUAAUAUACCAUCGCAUGCACCCAGCACUAGCUUCUUGGCCCAGGGUCUGCAGCCACUUUCACCAACACAGACCAUGUAUGGUGGCGGAGGACUGUCAUUUCAGCUUGGACAGAACUUUUCCGGUGGUGUUGCGAGCACUCGGAGCACGUCUUCGCACAGUGAUGGUGAGAGUGCCACGGUGCAUAGGCAUGCAUUCAUGUCCUUGCCACCAGCAGGACCAAUGCACCACUAUCCACAGGCCUCAGCAGAGACUGCGCAAUCUCAGCGCACCAGCGCAGACCGGGGAAAUCCCCUGCACUCUGUCGUUGAGGAUCCUCGGCAGCAGUACUUGAAGAGUGACAGAGGGGCAACCCCUGCGUUACCGCAGUCUGCCUAUGCUCUCUCCGAUCAUCAGAAACACCUGCAUCAGCAACAACACUACCACCACCAACACCACCACCACCAGCAGCAAGAGCUCCAGCAGCACCAGCAGCAGAAGCAGCAACAGCAGCAGCAGCGACGUCACCAGCAGCAGCAACACCAGCAGCACCAGCAACAGCAGCAGCACCACCACCAGCAGCAGCAGCAGCACGAGCAACGCCAGCAGCAGCAACAGCAGGGAGAUCACCAGCAGCGAGAUCACCAGCAGCAGCAACACCAGCAGCAGCAGCAGCGAGAUCACCAGCAGCAAGAGCACCACCUGCAGCAGCAGCAACAGCCACGGUGGCAGCAUCUACACAAUGAUCAGCAGCCUAAAUCCGAUCAACCUGUCCCAUACCACUCCCAGCAACAUCCUCUGCAGCAACAUCCUCUGAAGCAGCAUGCUCUGCAGCAGCAUGCUCCGCAGCAACACCCUCUUCAGCAGCAUGCUCUGUCUGCCUCUCAGUACACACAAGUAAAGUUAGCUGGAGCAAGCAGAAGCGGGCAGCGCCAAUCUGCUCAGGAUGCGUCCCCAGACAGCAGCUGGCAGCGUGGUCAUCAUCCUCCGACAGAUCGGCGGCGCCUUGCUUCCCUGCCAGCGGUGCACUCAAACUUUGAUCAGCGCUCUCCUCAAAUGCAGUCCUUUACCAGUGAUGCCGAUGUCGCGAAGUCCGCUGCUGGUGAAGCUGUACCGGCAUCUAUUGAAACAUUAGCCUAUGCUCAUCAGAUGUAUGGACUUGGUGGGGGAAGCAGUAUCCUGAGUCCGAUGUCAUCCUCGUCUGAUCUUGGACUGCAAAGCAAUAGCAGCAGCGCUAGUCAAAGUCCUUCUCCUUGGGUGUUUUCAUCCCCUAUCUCUGCAAGCUCUAUUGGCUCUCCAUCACCGGCAUCGUUACAACAACAGCAGCGACAGCAGCAGCAAAAGCAGGAGCAGAUACAACAACAACAACAACAGCAGCAGCAGCAGCCGCAGCAGAGGCAGCAGCGACACAACUCUCCAUCUCAGCAUGCUAGCGGCGGUACACGUCUAGGCCAGCUGAGUGUCCCGCGCAAUCCCUCCGGCCUGAUUGCCACGGAUUUUCUCACUCAGCACCUUGGGGCACAUGCCAGUGGUGAAGCCCAGCGCAAGAAAAGCUGAAUACCCCUGUGAUUAUAAUCCUCAAUCCAACUUCCUCGUUCCAGUGUAAGUUACUACCUGGUGAUCAGCAAGCCACGCAUUGCCGGCUGCAGUGCAAUGCAAAGUAUGCAAGCUGUCACCAUCCCCACGUUUUGCACAUUUAUCACAUGCACUGCCACCACCACCACCACCACCAGUGAUGGCAGCAGCAAAGGCAGCAGGUGACUCCAUAAACAUCAGCGAUGGCAACAGCAGCAGCAGCAGCAAUGGCAGAGUGCACGGCAGCGGCGGAAAUGCUAUUGUUCUGGAAGUAGCAAGCGGUUGAACUGUACUUCAAGUAAAAUGUAUCAGAAGCAGCUACUGGAUGCCACCUGUUGAGUAACAUUAGCCAGCAGCCGUUUCAUAUCCAUUGUCGGGAGUAGCAUUCGUGCAGAGCCAGGAAAGAUUUUUCGUUUAGCAUCUACUCCCCAGGCACUAUCGACUCCACACUCUAUCUCAUAGUCAGACUUCCUUGAGUAGUUCACCUCUAGCCGGGGCUACUCAGGAAACUACGUGAAGCCAUCGCAUCGCGAUGAUCGUAGCUGGACUGUGCUGAAUUGCGGACGGGUUACACGAUUUACACGCUGCGUGCGCGUUGUGCAGUGAUGUGCACUGGACAACUACAAACACAACAGAGCCGAAAGGCUGUGCUGCUGUAACUUCAAAUUUCACGCAUUUCAGUGAUCAGCAGACAGCAGCUAUUAUUGAACAAGUUUUAUUAUUUACAAAUAAUUUUUGAUACGUUUUAAUGCUAGUAGUUUGUUGCAUGGACGUUUUGUAGCAUGGGCCGGAAACAUACCACUAUAACUCUAUCAUGCACUUUUAACAAUUUAUUUGCGCAAAUCCCGCUGCAUUGCAUGGAUCUGCGGACGGUUUGGGAAAUGUAUGAAAACGGAUAAAAUUAA